CCUGUACCAUGUGACCUCUGUGAUCAUUCACAGAUUUCACACGUAGUAAGCAAUGAUAUCAGAAGUGACAUCUUGCUUACUACUUUGCAUGUGAUCACUGAUUGGCCAAUCAGUGAUCACAUGAUCGGGACCUCGUACAGAGGUCCCGUCCGACGAUCGGUGUUCCACUGUGUCUCCGGACACAGUGGGCACCAGAUCGAGCAUGCACAAGCAGGGUGUGGGGAGGCCACCCGACCCUGCACUGCCACCGUCUGGCCGUUUAUAUACAAUGGCCGGAUGGGAAGUGGUUAAGGU